CAAGGCUCGAUUCCUCCUAAGCCAUCACUCCAACGAUCAAUCAAAGGCAAAUAAUACAUUGCCGUGUCAAUGCCAGGCUUUGUUUGAAGAGAAUAUUUCCAGCAAGGAAAGUCGAGCUCCGGCUAUGGCUGGCAAUGGCGGAUCAUCCUUGUUCUUUCUCUUUUUCCUCAUCGAUGCUUCGAUUUCUCUCGCGUUCUUGCUGGAUUUCGAGGGAGCUAGCGAUCUUGAUCGCAGUCUCUACCAUUCUCCAGCGUUUCUUGCACGGGACUACCAGGAGUUUCUAGAUCGCUUCAAGGUCUACGUCUACCCGAUGAUCCAGAACGCCAGCGCUCCAGAUUUGCGAGAUGGGAAGGCAGCACGGCCAGGUUCGAUAGAUCGAGUCUUUGUGGAUUCGCUGCUGGCCUCAGGGUUUGUGACGGAUGAUCCGGAGGCGGCGGACUUGUUUCUCCUGCCAGCGUCGAUCUCGGCGAUCUGGAAGAAGAGGCCCGAUCCGAAAGGGAUCGCUCACUCCCUCAAGUCUUACAUCCAGCAGCUGCGAGAUCUCUACCCGUAUUGGCAGCGAUCGCUCGGGGCGGAUCACUUCUUCGUCUCGUGCCACGAUAUUACGAGCGACUGGUCCAGGAAUGUUCUUGAGCUCAAGAAGAACGCGAUCCAGAUCGCCUGCUUUCCACUGGCCAGGCAUGGAGCGCAGGAAUUCCUCGCGCACAAGGACAUCACAAUGCCGCCCGCAGGAGGAUCGAUCGAUCCUCCCCAGCGCCGUCGGUGGAAUCUCGCGGUGUACGAUUCCAGCUCCCAGGGCUACGCGGCGAGUGAUGUUCCAGCGUCUUGGAAAUCCGACGAGAGCUUCGUCGCUGGCGCAGUGAAAAUGGAUCUACAGCUGCUAGUGACAACAAGGUUUUGUCUCAGCCUUGGCUCCAGCGAUCGGCACCUCGUCAUCCCGGCCGUCCGAUCGGGAUGCAUUCCGGUCAUCUUCUCCGCGGGGAAGCUGUCCGAUCUGCCGUUCCAGGACAUUCUGGACUGGAAUAGCUUCGCGAUCGUCCUCAGCCGCGACCAGCUCCACCAGACCAAGGCCAUUCUAGAAUCGAUCGAUGAAGAAAAGCUCUCGAGGUUGCAGGAAAAUGGGGCUAGAGCAGCGAAGCAUAUGGAGUGGCACUCGCCGCCACAGCCGGAGGACGCGUUCUACAUGGUCUUGUACCAGCUAUGGCGCCGGCGCCACGUCAGUCGCUAUGUGGAUUGAAUCUAGCGUUAGGAGGGCUGAGGUGGCACUUCGGCCGAAGUAGUGGAGGCUAGGAGGGUGACGAGCCGGGAUUCCUGUAGAGCGAGGUCUGUUCCAAAGUUUGGAGGAUGGAAGUUGCCGUAGUGCGCCAUAGAUCCUUGGUCCAAGCCUGGGAUCGAAAUGCAACUGGAGAGCGUGCGAUUUGCCUGUUGGUUUCCCGGAUUUAGUACGAGAUUUAUAGAGUUGACCUUGUGAUUCUCUCGCUAUGUCAAUGGAAUGGGGAACGAUGGUGUGCUACCAGCUUCUCCGCUAGUCACGGCUCCAACGAUUUUUGUGCUGCCUUUUAAAGUGUUUUCCAACAGGAACAACGCAGAGUGGGAGAUUAUUUCUUGCGUGAGACUUGGAAACCGCCAGUCCCCCGUCUGCCUGUGAGUCUGAUUCCAAAGUUUAACGAGUCUGAAGAAGAAGCAAAGAACACUGCCUUGAUCAACGAGUACCGGAUGGAAGCCAGGCGCGUGGCAUAUGAAAAAUCCAAAGGUGAAGACGCUCAACCCAGGCCAGGUGUGGAGUCGACUGUCACGGGCAUGCCAGGACUGCAGCCUGGGCUCCAUACUUGGGAAAGAGAUGAAGCUCUCGGCUUUGCAACACAAAUUCAACAAGCAGCUGUACGAGUUUUGCGACUCCAUUUACAUUCCGCCGGAAGUACACAGCUCACUAUGUUUGUUCUCACCUCGACCACGACGUUGACUCUGUCAAAUUCUGCUACCAGGUCCUUGAGAGUCAGAAGCGUUGCGACGACGAGAGUGUGCUGCAUGUGGUUGGAUUUGGAUAGCCGCCACACUCGGAUCUUCUUGUCCCGAGUGCUGUUCAAAGAGCUUGUCUCCAGCCACAAGCAGCGGCGCGAAGCUUGCUCCUCAACGUGACAAGGA